AUGGAUAAGAGGCUAAAUAGAGCAACAGACAAUACAUUUACGUCUGAAAACUGUUCAGUAAGUUCUGCUUCAAAGUUGGAAAGCGCAAGUGAAGAUGUGAAUAAUCCUAUGAAAAUAAGAAAAUGUGUAAGGAAAUAUGAUCCUGAGUACAUUAAUAUUGGAUUCACGGCCAUAGACGUAAGCAAUGAGCCUCGGCCUCAAUGUGUUAUCUGUUUUGAAAUUCUUUCUAACCAAAGUAUGAAACCGUCCUUAUUAAAUCGUCACCUUUCUACAAAACAUUCGACGUUAAAAAACACACCAAAGGACUAUUUCGUUCGAAAGUUGUCAGAGAUGAAAAGCACGAAGAAAAUUAUAUCAUCUUUUAGCGGUUGUACCUACUGA